AUGUCUAUACCACGUAAUUUCAAGCUUCUUGAAGAAUUGGAGAAGGGUGAAAAAGGUCUCGGAGCUGAUGCAUGUUCUUAUGGUUUAGCAGAUCCCAACGAUAUCACAAUGACCACAUGGAACGCCACCAUUCUGGGUCCGCCAAACUCCGUCCAUGAAAACAGAAUAUACUCCCUGCAGGUGGUGUGUGGUGAAAGUUAUCCAGAUGCUCCGCCAAAGGUGCAGUUUCUCUCAAAGAUCAAUCUACCCUGUGUCGAUCAACGUAAUGGCGAAGUUAUUCAAUCGAAAUUCCCAACUCUUAAUAGAUGGCAGCGCUCGUAUUCUAUUGAAAUACUUCUCUUGGACCUGAGAAAGACAAUGGCAGAGCCGGCCAAUAAGAAACUCCCGCAGCCAAAGGAAGGCGAAACUUUCUAG